GUCAGUAGCCUAUAAACUGGUGCCUUGUAUGCCUGCGCCCUCUGGUGGAUUAAAACAGUAGCGUUUGGCGAAGGAAGUGCCACCGUGUCCAAAGGUCAUUAUAUGAAACCUCCAAUCUGGAUCGAGGCGGUAACAACAGGAAGAAGAAGAUAGAGGAAUUCUCUAGGUCUUCUCGAGAGAAACUAGUCCAGUCGAAGAACAAAAUGUUCUCCAAAUUUACGUCAAUUCUUCAGCACGCUGUGGAAGCGCUUGCCCCAUCGUUGCCCUUGCAGGAGGACUUUGUCUAUCACUGGAAGGCCAUUACACAUUAUUACAUUGAAACUUCUGAUGACAAAGCUCCAGUCACAGACACCAACAUCCCAUCCCACCUGGAACAGAUGCUGGACAUCCUGACCCAGGAGGAAGGGGAAAGGGAGUCUGGAGAGACAGGACCCUGCAUGGAGUAUCUCCUACAUCAUAAGAUCCUGGAGACUCUCUACACCUUGGGCAAGGCAGAUUGUCCUCCAGGGAUGAAGCAGCAGGUGCUUACCUUCUACACAAAGCUGCUAGCACACAUUCGUCAACCUCUCCUGCCACACAUCAAUGUCCACAGACCUGUACAGAAACUGAUCCGUCUGUGUGGGGAGGUGCUGGCUGCUCCCACAGAAAAUGAAGAGAUUCAGUUCCUUUGUAUAGUCUGUUCCAAAUUGAAGCAGGACCCAUACCUUGUCGACUUCUUCCUCGAGAACAAGUCAAAGAGACCUGAUACAAAGACUCCAGGAGGGACGGAGGUGGUGAAGGAGAAUGUGUUGGCUCCAGACACUGGUCAGUCUCGGCCAGAGGAACAGGCUGAGGAGCCUCAGGCUGCAGCUGCUGCCUCUACCUCUAGUCCAAGCAGUAACCAUAAUAACGGCAACAAUUACAAUCUUGUCACCUCGCUGCUCAACCUCACAAAGAGCCCUGAUGGCAGGAUAGUAGUGAAGGCAUGUGAGGGCCUGAUGCUGCUGGUCAGUUUACCAGAGCCUGCAGCUGCCAAGUGUUUAACUGAAAACACUGAGCUCUGUGAGCUCCUGACUGACAGGCUGGUCUCCUUCUAUAAAGCCCUGCCCCAGUCCAUGGACCCCUUGGACAUUGAGACAGUGGAGUCGGUCAACUGGGGUCUGGACGUGUAUAACCUGAAGGAGGAUGCUGCCGUCUUCACAGGGAAGAGGGCUCUCAUCUCCUUCCUGUCCUGGCUAGAUUACUGUGACCAACUCAUCAAGGAGGCUCAGAAGUCAGCAGCUGCAGUGAUGGCAAAAGCUGUGAGAGAAAAAUUCUUUGUGUCUGUUAUGGAACCACAGCUUAUGCAGACGUCCGAGGUGGGCAUCCUGACCUCCACUGCCCUGCUGAACAGGAUCAUCAAGCAGGUGACGUCGGAGGCUUUAUUGCAGGAGAUGAUUUACUUCUUGCUGGGAGAGGAGAGGGAGCCAGAGACUCAAGCUACUAUGGCUCAGAAUCCACUCAGACACAGACUCAUCGAGCACUGCGACCACCUGUCAGAUGAGAUCAGCAUCAUGACGCUGCGGCUGUUUGAGCACCUGAUCCAGAAGCCCAGCCAGCACAUCCUCCACAGCUUGUUGCUGCGUAGCCUGGAAGAGAGGAACUACCUGGAGAACAAACCACAGGAGGAGCGGGAGCCCCUGGAGAACGGGCAGCCCCAUGAUGCUGUAGACCUUGAGGAGGAUCCACUGUUUGGUGAUGACCUCUCUCCAGACAGCCGGCUGUCUGGUUCUGAUUGGCUCAGCUCCUCUCCCCCGCAGAGUCCUGAUCACUCAAAGUGUGACGGGAAGACGGAGGUCCACAAAAUUGUCAACAGUUUCCUGUGUUUGGUGCCGGAUGAGGCAAAGUCAUCUUAUCACGUUGAAGGCACAGGCUAUGACACCUACCUCAGAGAUGCACACAGACAGUUCAGGGACUAUUGUGGGGUCUGCCAGCGGUGGGAGUGGAGGGGAAAUCCAAAGCCGCUGGAGAAGUGUAACUUGGACAGUCCGUUCUUCGAGGGCCACUUCCUCAAGGUCCUCUUCGACAGGAUGGGUCGCAUCCUAGAUCAGCCGUACGAUGUCAACCUGCAGGUGACCGCAGUGCUGUCCAAGCUGUCGAUGUUUCCACACCCCCACUUGCACGAGUACCUGCUGGACCCUUACAUCAACCUGGCCCCCGGCUGCCGGUCUCUGUUCUCGGUCAUCGUCAGGGUGGUGGGAGAUCUCAUGUUGAGGAUUCAGCGCAUCCCAGACUUCACGCCCAAACUGCUGCUCGUGAGGAAGAGAUUAUUAGGUCUGGAGCCAGAGGGCAUCAACAUCGACCACAUGACUCUGCUGGAGGGAGUGAUCGUGCUGGAGGAGUUCUGCAAAGAGCUGGCAGCCAUCGCCUUCGUCAAAUACCACGCGGCUGCCGCCGCCUCACCGUAAUCGUCCUGCUGUUCAUCCAUCUGCCUCAGCCAGGCAGACAUGUUGGGAUUAAACUGGGCCUUUGGGAUGUGGUGGUACUGGUGUCACAGGAAUGGCAAAACAUUACCACUAACUCAGCUCAUCCCUGCAAGGCAAGACUGUUAAAGCCCGCACGGACGGGUUCAUGGCUCCCCCUCUUCUGGCCUCUCGGGCUCCACUAUAAAAAAAAAAAAAAAAAA